ACAAAAUUAUCAAGAUACGAGACCGAUUUGCAAGUGGCUGCUGUCAUCGGAAGUCUUUGUGCGUUCAAGUCCUAUAAAUGACCCUGAAUUUCUCACAUACUAGCAGCAACAAACAUAGAGCCAUGGCUCAAAUUCUGCACCUCUAUCUUCUUGCAACUCUACUUCUUGCUCUUUCUUUUAAGGCCACCUCCUCCUCCCGACACAGCGGCAACAACGGGCUCAAAUCUCUCCACUUUGCACUCUACCAGCAUGAAACGAUAAACAAAACGGGAUACAUCAUAGUGAAUGGCGUGGCCGGAGCAGGGGUUGGUCAAACCACAACACCUUUCGGCACCUUGUUUGCUUUCCAAGAUCCGAUGACUGUGACGGCCAAUAUAUCUUCAAAGGUCGUCGCGAUUGCUGAAGGCACCUCUAUAACAUCUAGUUUUGAUGGGCUGAGGAGCAUUUCCAUCGCUAAGAUCACUUUGAGGUUGAAGAAUCACAUGGGGUCUAUCUCUAUUGUUGGGGGGACACAUAACAUCAAGCCUGCUGAUCAUCCCGUGGUAGGAGGCACCGGUGACUUCAUGUUUGUUCAAGGGUACGUGACCUCCUCUCCGGUGGAUCUCCAGGGACUCACUGUUACCUACAAGAUUGUGUUCCACCUCUACUGGCCCUCCUAUGCAAAUAAAUUCUCACUUCAUGACAAACAUGUGGGAAAUGAUAUAAUUACUUAGAGGAUAGCUACUUAUUUGAAUCCUGUUGUGGGAAAUAAUAUAAUUACUUAGAGGAUAGCUACUUAUUUGAAUCCUGUUGUGGCUCACAUAAUUAUUUUUGGCAAAAUAAAUAAAUAAAUAAAUAUUCAAGCUUUUUAAA